GGGUUAUAAGAUUCUAAUUACUUCCCGGCAGAAGUUGUUACCUCUCUGAGCUUCCUCCAUUUCCAGUUAAGCUUUCAUGGCUCUUCUUUCUUCCAUCCUUAAACCCCACUGCUCAAGCUCAAUCAAAGGCUCCUCUUUAACCCUCUCUUUUCUCAUAUUCCCCAACAUAUCCUCCUCCUUCUCCACUCUCUGCAGAGCCCACCCCACCACACCGCCCCCACAACCCUCUCCGCCGCCGCCAGUCCCCAAGAAAGUCCCUUUCGCUGUCUCAGCUCAUGGAAAAACGUGGCAGGACCCCUACCGCUGGAUGUCCAACACCGACGACCCUGAUCUCGCCGAUCAUCUCAACAAAGAAAACUCAUAUGCUGAGGCUUUCAUGGCCGACACUCAAAAUCUGCAGCGCACUCUCUUCUCCGAAAUGAAAAGCCGAAUGCCCGCCAAGAUUUCCACUCCUCCUGAGCGUUGGGGACCCUGGUUGUAUUACCAAUACAUUCCAGAGGGGAUGGAAUACCCGGUUCUUUGUAGACGAUUAGGAACUGAAAAAGGUGAUUGGGUUAAGAACUUUCUCCGAUACGCAAGAGGAGGAUUUGGAUUGGAGGAGAUUUUGCUCGACUGGAAUGAAAUUGCAAGGCGAUAUGGUUAUGUGCAUGUUGGCACAUGUCGAAUUUCACCAGAUCACCAUUUUCUAGCGUACACAGUAGACACUAAGGGUGAUGAACAGUUCAGGCUUCAAAUUAAGGACCUAAGAAGUGGAUGUGUUAUCCCCAAAGUACGAGUGGAUGGUGUUGUUAGCUUGGCAUGGGCUCAAGAUGGGAGUACUCUGUUCUAUACGCUAUCAGACGAGAACCAACGACCUUACAGAGUAUGCUGCUCAAAACUAGGAUCUGAUGAUAUUGAAAAUAUCACUGUAUUUACAGAAAGCAAUUCCAGCUUCUGUGUGGACAUAACAAGCACAAAGGAUGGCAAGUUUAUAACUGUCAAUUCAAACUCAAGGACUUCUUCUGAGGUUUAUUUGAUAGAUGCUGCCAACCCAUUAGAUGGUUUGCAGAGAAUUUGGAAGCGUGUCUCUGGUGUACAGUAUUUUCUUGAACAUCACCAUGGAUUAUUUUAUGUUCUUACAAAUGCUCCUUUGAGUGAAAAUAAGGUGUGGUCUGGUGAAGGUUAUUACCUAGCUAGCUGCCGGGGUGAAGAUCUACCAACAUCUAAUUGGCAGAAUAUAAUCCUUCCAAAUGAAGAUUUAAGCAUACAAGAUAUGGACAUGUUUGACGGACAUCUGGUCCUUUCUCUCAGCAAGAAGGGUUUUUCUGUGUUGUGUUCCAUUAAUUUGCCUGUCCUUGUUGAUUGGAAGCACCAAUUGGAGAUUGAAGAUCUUGAUCCAUGGUUUUUCGCUAUGCCCUCAAACUUAUGUAAUGUUGUUCCAGGUUCAAACCAUGAUUUCCAUAACUCAGUAUACCGUGCAGUGCUUUCAUCUCCAGUGAUGCCUGAUGUAGUUGUUGACUACGACAUGUCGAGCAGGAGAUUCUCAAUUGUGCAACAAGAGGAAGUGAGGGAUUUUUAUGAUAGAACAUUCCCACCAACUAAUCAGCUCGAUUUGAAUAAAAAUUUUGGCUCACAAUAUCAGGAGGAUGUCCAGAUAAGUGAAUCACAGAGAUGGAAGGAGUAUUCUGAUGAAUACUGCUGUGUGAGGAAGGAGGUUAUCUCCCAUGAUGGUGUUAGAGUUCCGUUGACCAUAUUGUACUCUCAUACAGCCUGGGAUAAGGGUCAGUCGCCUGGCCUUCUGAAAGGCUAUGGAGCAUAUGGGGAGGUUUUAGAUAAAAGCUGGUGUGCAGAGCACCUGUGUUUACUUGAUCGGGGAUGGGUCGUGGCAUUUGCUGAUGUGAGGGGUGGUGGUGGUGCAGAUUCUUCGUGGCAUAAAUCUGGCACUAGGUUUAAUAAAUUGAAUUCAAUAUAUGAUUUUGUAUCAUGUGGAAACUACUUGAUUGAAGAGGGAUACGUACAUAAAGAUCGGCUUGGUGCUAUUGGACAUAGUGCUGGAGGCCUUCUUGUUGGAGCAACUAUCAAUAUGUACCCAGAUCUCUUUCGAGCUUCUAUUUUGAAGGUUCCAUUCCUUGAUAUAUGCAACACUUUAAUGGAUCCUAGUUUGCCUCUCACCAUUCUGGAUUAUGAAGAAUUCGGCAAUCCUCAGAUACAGUCUGAAUUUGAGCUUAUCUUCACUUAUUCACCAUAUGAUAACAUUUCUCAAGGCAGUUGCUACCCUUCAAUGCUUGUUACAGCGUCCCUUCAUGACUCAAGGGUUGGGUUUUGGGAAGCCGCCAAGUGGGUGGCCAAAGUUCGAGAGAGUACAUGUUCUUGUUGUUCACGUUCAGUCAUUCUGAAGACAAAUAUGGCUGGAGGACAUUUUGGCGAAGGGGGACGGUAUGCUCUAUGUGAGGAAGCUGCUUAUGAUUAUGCAUUUCUAUUCAAAGCUAUGGGGUUGCUGAAGAUCGAAAAAUAAGAUAUGCGGUGCAAUGGGCAGUGGUCUCAGAGGAAGUCAAAGGGACUGGCUGGAUUCCCUGGUGAAGAGUGUGAACGUUUUCUUCCUGCAAUUCUAUCGCGCGCUCUAUGUGAUUGAGCUCUCGAGGGGAUGGAAUUUACUAGGCAGGCAGUAUUUUGCUGAGGGUUUGAGUUAGUUCAAGACUCACUAACAUCUGCAGACAAUGAGAGCAUUUCUGAUCAAGUACUGUAACUUCAGGGAAUUUUCGUGCAAUCCUCCUCGUAUCUCUCCUCCAUUUUCGCCUCUUUGCAAUAUUGACCCAUUGGCUUCUUGUCUGCGGUAAAGGGACUGAUCGAAAGUUUUCGUUAAAGAUAGAGUGAUAAGCUUAUCUCAGUUAAGGUAUUCACCAUUUUCUUGGUGACCGGAGCAUACCAUGUCUUUAAAGGAGAUUAACGUUGAACCUAGUUUCCAAAUCCAAGGAGUCGAGAACUGUUACAUGAAAGAUAAUUUGGCUUACAGUAACAAAAACGGUGAAUAUUUACUGAAGUUCUUGAUGGAUGGUCAUACACCUUCCAAUUUUCUUCAGGUUGAAAUUAUUUGACGAUAGGGACCUAUUACGAGUUGUGUUAUCUCUCUCUCAAAUGUCAUAUGACACGUUUUACUUGUUUUGUACCAUAUCCAUGUAAAGUACAGUAAGCUGGAAAGGUGGCGAUAAUCCAAAUAUUCAAGGCUGAAAUAAGGUGCCCUUAAUUUGCUCAAAAUAUUUAGAUUCA